UGAGCCUGGAAAAGGUACGCUGGGGCUGUGGGCUAGAGGGUGGGACACACCCUCUGCGGCGGAAAGGGCAGAGCUUAUCUCAGUCGACGACAGUUAAAUAGCCUAAACCACGCUCGUUGCUGGGUUCGGUUCCGGCCUCCUGGUUUCUGGGGGACUGAGUGUGGGGCAGGUGGGAUUCCCGCUGAACCCCUGGUGAAGGGGCGGCGCGUCUCGGUGGAACCCCCACCUCUGGUGACAGAAUCCAACAUCGAAGCCACAGCCCUCCUAAGAAGUGGGACUGAGUCUGAGGCAGGUGGAGCAGGGUUGAGGCUUCAGCCUAUGACCACUGGAGGACUGCCGAGGGGCGGCGCUCCAGCCUCUGGCGGGCUCCCCUCAGGAUGGGUAGAGGGGGGCCCACAAGGCAAGGGGCACAGCUUCGGCCUCCUACAGCCUAUUCCUUGUGCUCCCGCCACGGCCUCUCUAGCACCUGGGGACUGAGUCUGUGAAGUCCGCUUCACCUUGGGCGUCUUCUGCUUCUUGGCGCGGAAGCCACUCGGGGAGUGGGGGGAGGGGGGCGCCACUGGGCCAUUCCUGCAUCUCCCUGACCUUGUCUGCCUCUCGCCCCCGGGGAGAUUAGUGUCCAGGUUACCCCACCAUGCUGCCGCCCCCAGUGGCCUUGCCGCCCCCACAGCCCACAGCUAUAAGACCAGGUAAACGCGGCAGGGGAGACACCGAGGAUGGAGAUGCUUCAGGGGCUGCGGCUGUGGCUGUGGCUGCUGCUGAGCGUGGCCGGGGUGUGGGCACCCAGGGGGCCACUGCGGCCGCUGUGCCGGCCCAUCAACGCCACCCUGGCCGCUGAGAACGAGGCCUGCCCUGUCUGCAUCACCUUCACCGCCAGCAUCUGUGCCGGCUACUGCCCCAGCACGGUUCGGGUGCUGCCGGCUGCCCUGCCGCCUGUGCCCCAGCCCGUGUGCACCUACCGCGAGCUGCGCUUUGCCUCCGUCCGGCUCCCCGGCUGCCCGCCUGGUGUGGACCCAAUGGUCUCCUUCCCCGUGGCCCUCAGCUGUCACUGCGGGCUCUGCCGCCUCAGCAGCUCUGACUGUGGGGGUCCCAGAGCCCAGCCCUUGGCCUGUGACCGCUCCCCUCACCCAGGCCUCCUCUUCCUCUAAGGAUCCCCACCUCAACCUCCCAUGCCCACCCCAACUCCUGGAGCCAGCAGACGCUCCUCCCCAUCCCUCCUAAUAAAGACUUCUCAAACUGCA